UGUGUAUGGUUAGUAAUUUUCAAUGUGAUUGGUCAUUUUGGGUUUUCGCUGAAUUUUUGACUUUUUUGCUGUUUAGUCUUUCGCCUUUUAAAUUUCGUUUCGGCACAUCCCUACUACAUAUUUUUUAUUUUCCACAGUCUGGCAUUUUGACAGCCUUUGGGGGUUUGGUAUUUUGGCGUUUGGUGUUCCAGCUCUCCAGUUCUCUUCCCCUUUUUGGAUUGAGAGCAGGAUAUCUCGAACAAAAACCUAGGACGAUUUAUCCAAUUAUUUUAUUUUGCAGAUAUACUAGGCACAAUUACGGCCCUGGUUCUAGUGCUAAACGCGUGCCUUCCUCUGUUGACAUCCGCAAUUCAAAUGGACAGAAAAAUGGAAAUUCUGUUUCUAACAAUAAAAUGAACAAUAAAAUGAGAAAUGACGAUAAUAAUGCUGCUGGACGUUCACCAGAAAAAUCUUCUAGUGGAACGUUUAUUGCCGAUAUGGAAGCUAAGGCAGAUGCUAAGUGGUCAAAAUUACCAGAUUGGGCCCAUGGCUGGUUCUCUGCGUUGGACAAAGACAUUCUUAUAAGCACUGCUAAUGUUGCAAGUUUUCUGACAGCGACACCUUUUGUGGAACACUUUGCUAAUUUUUUAGCUAUCAAGGUCCAAGAAAUGGAGAACGAAAAACAAAUUAUGGAGUACCUCAACUAUAAAUUUGAUGACUUUGAAGGGGCUAGACUUAAACAACAACUUUAUGUUUUUGACUAG